UUCUCUCUCUCUCUCUCUCUCUCUCUCUCUCUCUCUCUCUUCCAAAAAACAAAACUCAAAAUCUCUUAUAGAUCAAGUUUCGAUCUCUGCCUUUAACCAUCAUCAUCGUCUAUCUUUCUCUCUCUUUCUUCAUUCUCAAGAUUUCUCCUCAGGUUUCAUCUCCCUUUCUUCUCAUCAAUUCCGACUCUGUUUGCUAAAAAAACAGAGAGAUUUGAUCAUUUGGUUUUUUCUUCUUUGAUACGAUUUUUCAGGAGAUCGUCUCAAAGAGAGGUGUAAAGGAUUAAACAAAACAAUAAAAAAUAAUGGCAGAUUAUCAUAUGCAACCGGUUCUUCAAAAACCCCCGGGUUAUAGAGAUCCUAACAUGGCGUCUCCUCCUCCUCCUCCUCCUCUCGUUUCUCAACAGCCUAUGAGAAAAGCCUCCGCCGCUAUGCCUACUUCUUUCCGACCCAAGCGAAAACGCAGAAGCUGUUGUCGUUUCUGUUGCUGCUGCGUUUGCAUUUCUCUUGUCCUCUUGAUCUUUCUCUUCUUAGUCGGGACUGCUGUUUUCUACCUCUGGUUCGAUCCCAAGCUUCCUACUUUCAGCCUCGCUUCGUUCCGUCUCGACGGUUUCAAACUCGCAGACGAUCCCGACGGUGCUUCUCUCUCCGCUACAGCCGUUGCGCGCGUUGAGAUGAAGAAUCCUAACUCCAAACUCGUUUUUUACUACGGAAACACCGCUUUGGAGAUGAGCGUCGGGAGUGGAAAUGACGAGACGGGGAUGGGAAAAACGACGGUGGAUGGGUUCCGACAAGGUCCGAAAAACUCGACGAGCGUGAAAGUGGAGACGGCGGUGAAGAACCAGCUCGUGGAGAGAGGUUUGGCUAAGAGACUCGCUACGAAAUUUCAGAGUAAAGAUUUGGUGAUUAAUGUUGUUGCAAAGACUAAAGUUGGAUUUGGUUUCGCCGGGAUUAAGAUCGGAAUGGUCGCCGUUAAUUUGAGAUGCGGCAGCGUUAGCUUGAUCAAGCUUGAAACUGAUUCACCAAAGUGCACCCUCAAUACUCUCAAAUGGGUGAAUUUACAAGGAUGAGGUGGCGGCGAUCUAACAUUUGUAUGAAUAUGUGUAACUAUAUUGUAGAUAAAUAUAUUUUUCUUGUCUUUUUUAUAUUCUAUUUUUCGUGUUUUAUAUAAUAAUUUAUUAUUACACAUUUUUAAUUUAUUUCAUUUAAUAUAUUUUCGCUGCAUCGA